CAUGAAUCCAUUACACACUGAAUGUCUUGCUGUUCCCUUUGAAACCCUUCAAAAAAAUAGCAUGCACAUUCAGGGGAAUCUGGGCCGCUUUAUGAUGCUGAAUUGCAAAGCCUUAUAUGGGAUUUCCUGACCAAAGUAGAUGGACUCUGGCAAGUACCUGAUUUAGAGCAGACAGCGUCUUGGCUAGGUGCUGCCCCUUCUGCUGUGGACAUCUGCCUGCAGCCUCUUGAUAAUCCAGAAGAUUUGAGGAAUCUGCUUCAGUGUAAUAACCAGUUUAAGCCUAGCACUAGUAGUAUGCAUGAUGGCCCUCCAUCAGAAACACCAAUACCCAAUGAAAUAGCCUUCCUUGACCAAGAACAAAACUGUCCUUUGUCAUACUAGUAGUUCUCAUACAGAGUAUUUGGAAGCUGUAGCUGCCAUAUCAACCACUCCUUUGGCUGAAGAUAGUCAUGAAAAUUAUAAUGAUGACAAUUGUGACAACAAUGACGGUGACAGUGACACACACAGUAAUCCAGCCAUAGCACAAAUCCAGUGUUCUGUGGGACCUGCACGUGUUCCAAAUGGAGAGAAGGCUUCAAUGGAUGAGGACAGGCAGACGAUGGAGAGGGAGACGUCUAGCCCCGACAGCCCAUGUGAAGAAGCAGGCAGAGUGCAGCGGGCAGACCUCUUCUUGCGUCCUCUGAAUGAUUGCACAAGGGUCAGAGAGCAAGUGUCUGAGCAUGAGGAAGUAUUGCAGAGAAAUGCUGUAAAAAAGGACACUUAUUUGCAACACAGUGAUCCUGUGUUACUUCCUGCUUCCGCCAUUGUCCACUCCUCCCCUUGUGUAGCGCAAGGUCACUCCGCUAAAACUGUUCGCAAGAAGGCGAGUACAGUGAACAUUGUGGAAUGGGUCUCCCAAAUAAUGGACAAGGGCGUCUCUCUUCCGGUUCUGCCCCCUCUGCCUCCUGGUUCCAGUGUUAAGAAGGUUAAGCUCAAUCGUACAUGCCGUAAGGAAGUUGGGCCCAUUUCACAGCCCAAGAGCGAUAAGAAAAUGGUGCACAAGGACAAGGCUGCCCAGCGCACAAAAGUAAUUCCAAAACAGUGUGUGCACUUAGUGCUGAAGAGAGACAAGAAAGAGGUGAAGGUUACCCGGCACACUAAGAAGAUUCCAGAACCGUACGUGUGCUCAAGAGUGCGGAAAGGUCUUCAGGACAAAAGCCAGGAUGGAGGCGCACGAACGCAGUCACAAGAACGUGCGUCCGAUCCAGUGCCCAGAGUGCGGGCGGCGCUUCUCCUGCCUCAGCUACCUGACCAAGCACCGGCGCACGCACACGGGGGAGAAACCCUUCAAGUGUGCCGUGUGCGGCAAGGGCUUCUCGCAGCAGGGCUACCGGAAGAUCCACCAGGCAAGCCACGUCGCCCAGCACCUCUUCUCCUGCUCACACUGCCCCAAGACCUUCCCCCGCGCCUUCCACGCGAUGCACGAAGCUUGCACUGGCGCUUAAUGACCCCUACGGUGCCAAGAUGGUGA